ACAGGAACAGCUGGAAUUAUCAGGCAAACGCGCGUCUGCAUCAUCCACAACGAUCCUGCAGGCAGCAGAGGGCGCAGGCGGGGACCCUCCACUGGGCAUGUAUUUUCGAGGUGGCAUGCCCCGGUGAAGGAUUAAAUUUACUCCACGUACGCAGCCUACAUUCAUCAUGCCGGAAAAAACGAAGUACAAUUUGGUGGACGACGCGCUCGAACCGAGGAUCCUUCCCGACAACGACAUCUUUCAGUACGGGAUCACGUUCGAAGUGAAGUUUAUAGGCAGCCUGGAGAUAGUAAGACCCAAAAGCAGGUUGGAGAUACUGGCAGCUAUGAGGCGGAUUCGCUAUGAGUUUAAAGUGAAGAACAUCAAGAAGACAAAAGUCAGCCUUGUCGUGUCAGUGGACGGUGUCAAGGUAGCGUUGCGGAAAAAAACAAAGAAAAAUACAUACAGCUGGGAUGAGAAUCAGUUAACACUGGCCCACGACCCCAUUUACAGAAUAUUCUAUGUUUCUCAUGAUUCCCAUGACCUGAAAAUAUUCAGCUACAUUGCAAAGGACAAGAAGAGUAAUGUGUUUCGCUGCAACGUCUUCAAAUCCAAGAGAAAAAGCCAGGCUAUGCGGAUAGUGCAGACAGUGGGCCAAGCCUUUGAGAUUUGCCACAAGCAGAGCCUGGACUCCGUUGAUGCAUGGCUGGUGAAGGGAGAGGAGGAAAGAGAAGAGGAUGAGAGGAUGCCAGCCACGGACGCUGCCACGGACGAGUCGUCCUGCGAGCGAGAGACAAAGAUCGCUGAGGGCCCGGUGGUGGAGGCCAAGGCCCCUGGGCUGGUGUCCCCUGGGCUGGUGUCCCUUGGGCCGGCGUCUCCUCUGCCAGGAGCCCUCACCAUGAGUCUUCAGGUGCAGCUGCUGCAAAGACAACUCCAUCACCAAGAAGAGAAGAACCUGGCUGCUUCGGCACAGACGGUGCUCCUCCAGCGGAGGUUCUCGGCGGAGGUGAGGGCCAGGGAGGAGGCGCAGGCCCGGGAGCAGCACCUCCUGCGGCAAAACGAAGAGCUCCUGCGCCGCAUCUCCCUGCUGGUCGAUCGUGUCCAAGAGCUGGAGCUCGGCGCAAACUCUGCCUCCUCCACGGGCUCGCAGGACAGCCUGCUCGAGAUUGCCCUGAGAGCCAGAGUCACGGGCAUGCCCCGCCGCCCGACGCCUGUGCAGGGCGGCAUGUUCCGAGAACCUGACCUGUGCCAUCUGGAUCCAUUCCGCUUCCUUCCAGGACCUCCAGUCCGAGAGAAGAAGCCAGACCAGGACCGGGACUCGGGCCAGGGUCUGGAAGAAGAGAACCCAACAGAGUGUUCUCCUCCCGAGGGCCAGUUCUACGGUGCUGUGGAGACUCUCGGAUUCAGAGAGUCAGGAAUCGCUUCAGGGUACGAGUCCAAUACGGACGAGAGUGAUGAUCGGGACAGCUGGGGGCAGUAAGAUCAAGGAUGUCCUAGGAGGUACACUAGAGAGGCCCUGUGUUUGUUUGUCAUUUUUAGUCCAUAUGACUACAUUAAAAAAAACUCCACAACACAAGAGGCUCCCCCUAACUUACUCUGACUGCACUAAUAGACAAUACUAUUCUGUUCACAUUAAGCCUUCAUCAUAAACUCCGACUGCUGUUAAAAUUCUGAAUAUUCUGAGCUUUUCAGGUACAUGCACCUGCACUGACACUAUAUUGGCUUCUUUGGCCCUGUUCUAGCUCUGUGGGAAUGUUGGUUCUUUUCUUACAGAAGCAGGAUUCUCUAGGAAUGCCUGACUAAACCUGCAAGUGGACUUGCAUUAGAAGGGCAUUCUGCAUUUGUGUGGUACAUGUGUAAGGGGUGCAGAGGCAGCAGUGUAUGUUGUGAACGUUCAGAGAAGGCAGCCUGUUUUCCCGGUGCACCAAAAUCUACCCCAGUGCCAUAUUCAUACCCUCAAGAAUUUAAGCUUAUAGCUCGUGACAGGUCCAUGACUCCUUACUGACUUGAUAUUUCAAAAGAUGUAUUUAAAAACUCUUUUAAACCUCCUGCCACCAUCGCAGUGUUAAUGCGCAGGGCACAUCACGGGGCCGCAGACCAGCAGCGCUUUCGUCAUCAGUAGCUGAUGAUUGUGGGAAGUCUCGAGCCAGAGCAGUGACGUGAAGCCAAGGCUAAAAACUGAACAACAGCCAAAACUCAUGCUUCUAGCAGCUCCCUGAAGUGCACAGUAGGAGUUUCCUGGAUUUCUUUGCUCCAGCCGCAUGGCCAUUGACACUUCACAGCGCCAGCACGUUCUGGUGUCCAGCGUGAGGCCGUGUGCUUGUUUUGGUUAAAUGACAGACCAGCUGUCCACCCUGGAGCGAAAUGAGCUGCAAAGCUUGUUUCUGUUUAUUUUCAAAGGGAGAACUGGCAAUAACUCGAGAGGCACUUGGGUCAAUCUGAAACAUGAUGUUUUCUGUUGCUCUGUUGGAGGUUGGCCAGACUGGAUAGAAUGUGUGACAGUUGUUUUUGCCUUUUUUUGUCUCUUAGUCCACAGCGCAGUAUACAUCGGUGCUACGUGUGUGCAGAAUGUUUCUCAUUCUUCAGCCUGCCUGAAGAUGCCAAGCUCAUGAAAUGAUCUGUUAAAAGAGCAGGAUAUCUAAACACACUGUCAUUAGAGUUUGAAAUAUACUGAAUAUUUUUGUUUUUCUCAGUGUAUAGGAUGCUGUCGUUCAUUCAUUUCAUAUUACCUUUGGACAUGUUUUUCAUUCAGUUAUAAUGGUAAAAUGCUGAAAUUGUGUUUUGUUCUUCUUAAUGUACUAUGUGCUGCCUUUUUUUGCAAUGUUGUUACAAUGUUUCCUAUUCACACAUUUUUCAGUAGUAAAAAAAUCCUGUGCAAAUUCCACUGUUAAUAAUGUGAUUGGACCUAUCAUUAGCAUGCAAUUCUUCACCUGUAAACCUGUAAACUGUUCUGCUCUAAGUCCUCACUGUCUCAUGCACACCAAAUUCAACUCACAAUCACAAGUGUAGAAGGUAUGUUCAAACCUGAAUAUCAUUAAACUGCGCUGGAUUACAGUCA